UCUUCUCUGGGCUAUAUGUGGCAUUUCGAAGCUCUGACAAUCUGCUCCAAAUGUUUUCCAUAUUUGUUCAGCCUUCUUGAUUCAAAUACCGGGAACAGCUCAGCCAGCACAAAGCGAAGCUUCGGGGGGCAAAAAAACUCACACUCCCAUCAGCGUGCGUACACACACGCACGUGAAAACCUAAAGUUCAUCAUCAUGGGAAAGAAGGAGGCGAAGAAACCACAGCACGGCACGUCCCUGAAUAACCAGAGCCAGACAGGGAAGGCACCUGAAGGGGAGAAAAGCACCGACUUGAGCAAAGCGCAGGAGCCCGCGAUGAAGAAGAAGAAGAAGCAGAAGAAAACCAAGGGGGAUCCCAAAACUGGCCAGGAGGAGGAAUCUCACACUUGUUGUGGCUGCCGUUUCCCGCUGCUGUUUGCUUUGUUGCAGCUGGCAUUAGGCAUCUCUGUAACAGUGCUGGGCUUCCUUAUGGCAGGAAUCAGUUCUUCUCUGCUAGUCAGAGACACUCCAUAUUGGGCUGGGAUAAUUGUCUGUGUGGUGUCCUUAGUGGGAUUUGUUAUGCUUUGUAUUUCGUACCAACCUGACGAGAAGACGUGCGUGCAGUUCACAGUAAAGCUGAUGUAUUUUCUCCUGAGUGCCCUUGCUCUGGUUGCCUGUGUUUUGGCAGUCGCUUUUGCUGCACACCAUUAUUUGCAGAUGACAAAAUUUACCUGUGAUACCAUCCUCGAGACCUGUUACUGCAAACUGGACACUGCAGACCCCCUUGGUAGGACCUUCAUCUACCAGGACGCAGCUGACUGUGGCAGCCUCACCAGCGCGCUCAACCUGUACUUACUUCUGCAGAUGGUUCUCAAUCUAAUAGCAGCCCUGGUGUGCCUGUCGGCCUGCUUUGUGAUGUGGAAACACAGAUAUCAGGUCUUUUAUGUGGGCGUUCGGUUCUAUCCUCUAAAUGCUACUGAAGGCCAGCAACAGAAAGUAUAGGGUCUGAGCUGGUGGGGGCUUGUAGCCAGGGAACGGAAAAUGUCAGCAUAUUGCCACCAUAGACACCAUGGAUGGAUAAAUGUUUAUAAGGUUUUCAACAAACAAAAGCAUUCACACAGUUUUAAUUAAUAUAUUUUUCAAUAAUUUUAAGAGCAUUUCAUCUAGCUGCUCUUGCUAAAAGUCUCUUAUGAGACUAUCUGCAGACUGUACAAAGUCCUUAAGAUGCAGCUGUACAAAUACUCACCAAAGAGGGUCUUUAUUAGCCAUGGGCAAAAUGAGGGCUUAAAACUCACUGGGAACUCAUCUGCAGGGCUACAGCAGUUAAGAAAUAGGGUCCAUUUCCAUUGCUAGUAUUAUAGAUAUCUAUUCUUGCUUUCAGAGAAGCUAUACUGAUUGCCACCAGAAAAAAUCUGGUCCAUACUGCUUAAUUAUACUUAUGCUGAUCAUGCUUAGGGAAUAUAUUGUCUCUUAGAUGUUCUGGGUAUAAUCCACGCUAACCUGAUGGGGAUUUAACAUACAGAAAAGUAAUAAGGGAGGUCAAGACCUCUUCAAGUGCAGGCUGAGCCCAACAGCAAAGUGAAUAUAUUGACAACUGCCAUAUAAAAUAUACAUAGUUUUUUUAGAGUGACUAAUGAUAUAGCUUACCUAAUCCAAUUACUAAUAAACAACAAUAUGAGUGGGUUGACUAAUGGUGAUUCAGUGUGCCCUGCUUGAGACUUCAGACAGAUUUCUGAAGUGUGAGUGCUCAGCACUUUAUGAGAAAAGAUCCAUUUAAGAAACUUCCAAUUGCACUCCGAAAGUGGAGGACCCUACAUCACUAGUCACAUUGAAAACUAUGCUGACAUUGCUGUAAUUGCAGGCUCCCAAACCCGGCGUCUAGCUAGUUCCACCAAUUAUGCUCCAAGCACAAAAGGCCAAAUGCAUUUUUGGUGUAACUACUCUAAAGACAAUCAGCCUUACACACCAAAAGUGGAGUUGGGCCAACAGCCCUGAAGAUAUAUCCCUGCAACAAUGAAUGUUUUUUAAAUUGGGGUGGAGGGAGGUAAGCAAGAAGAGACUGCCAUAGUUUAUAAUAAUGAGGGCAAGAGAAUAACAAUUUCUUAAUAAGCAGCAGAGAAUAACAAGCCACAUUUAAAUGGUGCUUUUUUGCCAUGAAAGUGUGCUUUAUGUCAUAUUAGCCUUAAACCAAGCCUUAUGCUAAGACAAGUACGCCGCUUUGACCCUCAAACUAUCAUUUCUACUUGCACAGCAUGGACUUCUAAACGUAGGAGUGGUUCUGAAUCGGCAGGAUUUUGCAGUGCCUGCCCAUAGCUAUGCAAGGGCAAGGCAGCUGGUGCUCACGCCCUGCCUUGACUAGGGAUUUCCCGAUCCCUGCCAGAGCGAGGGUGUUUCUGAGGCAGGGUGGAGCAAUCACAUGCCAGAAAAACUGCACCACAAUCAUUAGGAAAGAGGAAGCAAACACAAUUUCUAUAAGGCUUCAAAGAAGAAAAACUUUCUUUUUCCGCAGCAAAAAUAGCCACCAAGGAGUCAAAAACUUAGUCUAGCAGAAGCUAGUUGUCUAAGUAGCUCUAAUCCUAUCCCAAAAUGUUCUUCCAUAUGGUGAUCAUGCAUCAUGCCAGGGCUAGACCAGCAUACCUCCAGGGCCGGAAGAACACAACACAGUCAGGUCUCCUGUGGUCCACCUAGAGCACCGCUUUCUGUAUGUGCUUGAGUUUUUGUCGUGGAAAGUACCUCUAGAGCAGACGUGGUGUCACCAAGGUGCUCUCUGCCAAGCUGCGAGGAGCUUCAGAAAAUGAAAGUUUUUGAGACCAGCUUCCAAAGGGGUUUUUUUAUGCACUUAAAAAUAACAGUCACUAGCAAGCGUGGCUGCAGGGCACAUUGGCAAGCGAACACUUGCCCACAUGUCGCCACCCAUGCAAAGUCCUAAGUCUGGUUCCCAGGCAUGCUUGGAGCAAGCUGAGACAGCGGUGGAGUGCGAGGGUGGGUUGGUGAUGUGAGACCUGGCCACUGACAUCAGAAGGGCUGUCUGUGCAGUGGUUGGAACCAGCCCAUCCCUCCUGACUCCAGGGACCCUGAAGAUCACCAAAUCCAACCAUAACCUAACUCUGGCAUUAAACCAUGUCCCUAAGAACCUCAUCAACAUGUCUCUUAAACACCUCCAGGGAUGGUGACUCAACCACUUCCCUGGGCAGCCUGUUCCAGUGCUUCACAACUCUUUCUGGGAAGAAUGUUUCCUAAUAUCUAAUGUAAAUCUCCGCUGGUGCAACUUAAGGCCAUUUCCCAUUGUCCUAUUCACUUGUUACUUGGUAGAAGAGACCAACACCCCCCAGGCAACAACCUCCUUUCAGGUAGUUGUAGACAGUAAUGAGGUCUCCCCUCAGCCCCCUUUUCUCCAAGCUAAACAGCCCCAGUUCCCUCAGCUGCUCUUCAUAAGACAUGUUCUAGACCCUGCAAGCAACACUGGUGUACCUAUGUCAGGGCCAGCCUCCCAUAUGAGAUGGAUGUGCAGGGUUAACUCUCACCUGCUGUGCAUACUCAAAGGUUGUCUUGCCCUCCAUCACUUGCACGGCUCCAGCUGUCCUCUCUAUCGAAGCAUAUGGCAGAGGAUAUACCUGUCUCCCACCUAUAUGACCCUUGCUGCACCCACUCCUCCUUCCGGCCAAAAAUGCGGGGUCUCCUCUCCACAAAGAUGACAAGAAGCAGGAGAGGGACAAGGGGAGGCUGAACGACAGCUGAACUUUGGGGAUUCCUCCUGCCCUCACCUACAGGUGCUGGGCCACGAUGUCCAGCCAAGCAAGAGGAAGGCUCCGCUGGCAGAGCAGGGCAUGCUUCCCACCCUGCCCUUUCACAAAUGUCCUUGUUGUUCGGAAGAUAACUCCGUCUGCAGUGCCCCAGCAAAGGUUGCCCUGUGUGUGAGCUGGUGGCAGAGAGCUGUUGUGGGAGAGGACCUGGCCAAGCAGCGUUUCCACCGAAGCCGAGCUUUUGUCUCCUUAAUCCUUUGACCUCUGUCUCACCCACAUGUCUUCAUGCCUUGUCUGCCACCACUUCCCAGGCACCUCCCUGUUAACUGGGGCUGGGCUCACAUUGCCUGGCCUCUGUCUACUCAUCCCUGUUCUUAAAUUCUCUGGGACUCCUCUAGAGCACGAAAGAUGCAGCAGUGAUGAUCACGGGGUUGCUGCAGAUGCCUUCGGUGUGGCAAUGGGGAAGAGAAGUGAGAUCUGGAUAAGAGAGUUUGCUCCUGCACCCCAGUACCAGCCACCCUUCACUUCGAGCCACCGCUGCAGGUCACUAAUCAGCACGUUGCAGUUUAACCCUUCUCUCUGGAAGAAUGCAAUAGUAAUCAUCAUAUAUUCUGUUGGUGUUUUAGUGCUUAAUGAAUAAACAUGGGACAUUUUGAUCUAGCAAA